CCAGCAUCCUCAUCAGUCUCAGCACUGAAAGUUCAGCCACAAAACUGCUGUGGGAAAUACAUACACAUAUAUUGAUAUCUAUCUGUCCUGAAUCGUUUUUCAAAUGUAAAUUAACAAAGGCAUUGUUACAUAGUGGAGCAGCAGGACAGCAUUGCUACAGAGCACGCGUGGCUCCCAGCUACGAGCACACACAGGAAGCUGCAUGAGCCCAGGGGAGCGACAGAUCGCUCAAGCACACACACUGAGGAAUGGAAUUUGCCUGCAGUCAUGUUGUGUGCAAUUGGAAGCCUAAACCCCAGGCUAGAUUGUCUGAAGAAGGCAAAUGUGCCACAGUUUCAUUUUCGGAUGUGCCAGGAGUGGGGAGAAGGAGCCUUCAGUGCCAGCCUACAGAAAGGCUCUUCUCCGAGGCUUCCCAUGAUUAUGACAACCGGGUCGCUGUGAUUCCAAAGGGACAGGACGGGCCACUCUGUGAUGCAGUGCAGUGUCUCCGCCCCCCACCGAUUCCCCCUCGACAGAGAAGCAGGUUGGAGCGGUCAUGGAACCCGCACCCUCAACCCACCCCUACACGCCCCAGCAUCCCUCCCCCCCUGCCCCCACGCCGUGAGUACCCCCAGAGAAGAGCCCCUGUUCGCGCUGCCCUGCGGAGCGCACUGCUGAAACAGCGCAGAGCAAACGCGGGACAUUCCUGGGGCCAGAGUGGAUUGCAGAAGGAAUUGCAUAGGGUAGAGCAGUGCAGUAUGCCUGGUGAAACCAGAUCACAAUAAACAGAUGAUAAAAUCGAAAUCAAACUCAAUUCUUGGUAUCAUUUCUUUUGUUUGUGUGAUUCCUCCUGCAGCCUCCCGGAGUCGCUUUGGGUGUUUGAAUGUGGAUGUGAACGUGGUUUCUGUCAAUAUAGGAAGACUGGUGGAUCUGAAAAACAUUGCGGUGCCUGUAGGAUCCAGCCCCCCUCUUCAAUGUCGGGGGUGUUCAGCGGCUGUGUCUCAAAUAAGUGACAUUCAACAGGACCAGGGAGGCAGUGACUGGACAUGUGAAUUCUGCAGCCAGCACAACCGGUUUGACAGCAGCAGCAGCAGCAGCGCUCCCUCGAUGCCCAGCUGUGACAUGCUGUACCUGCACGAGGACACGGACGGAGACUACGUCAACCUGGAGGAUCUGCUGGUGGUUUUCUGUGUGGAUAUCUCAGGGAGCAUGUGUGUUACUGCAGAGGUGGAAAUUUCUAACGCAGUAACCACUCCGGUCCAUGUGUCAAGACUUCAGAGUAUCCAGGAUGCCAUUCAGAGGUCUCUAACCUUCCUGUUGCAGACCUGCCCCCAGGGGCGUGUUGCACUGGUCACCUUCAAUGAUGAGGUCACUGUGUAUGGAGAUGGGACGGGCGUCCCUCUGAUGCUGAAGGAGUGGGAGCUCAUGGAUUUUGAUUUCCUGAAGUCACAGGGCCAGCAGUUCACUUGUCCUCGCUGUGUUGCAGAGAGCAUUGAUACACUGAGAUGUAGAGUCCAGGAGAUGCGUGAACAUGGCUCCACUGCGCUGGGGCCGGCCGCUCUGGUAUCCGUAGCGAUGGCUUCCAGGUACUCCGGGUCAAAGGUGAUAAUCUGCACAGAUGGACUAGCUAAUACUGGACUAGGAUACAUAGAUGAUGCCUGUCAAAGCUCUUCUUAUUUCUACAGGAACCUGGCUAACGAGGCUGCUGAGAAAGGGGUGAUUGUCUCUGUGCUGACAUUUGAAGGCACAGACUGCAGACUGGCUGAGGUGGGGAGGCUGGCUGAUCGCACUGGUGGGAGGGUCAAUAUAGUGAACAUCAACACUGUGUCCUCCGAGAUUCAGUCUGUUCUAGAAGACAACGUCAUUGCCACCAAUGUGAAGGCCACUUUUCUGAUUGCAGAAGGCAUGUAUUUCAAGUAUGAGGACCAUUCCCACCACAAGCUGGUGAAGGAGAUUGGGAAUGUGACUGAAGACCUGGAGAUCACCUAUCAGUUUGGGAUAAAGGAGUCCAGUCUGCAGAAUUUCAUUCAAAGGGAUAAAGUUCCCUUUCAGCUACAACUCGACUUCAAGACCCGCGACCUGCAGAGAGCCACUCGAAUCCUCACCCUGGAGAAAAGCGUGGUGCCCGACAGCUCUCUUGUGAAGGACAGUCUGAAUGUGGCAGUGCUGGGGGUGCACUGUGCCCAGCUGACUGCCCGACUCACCAUGGACGGGCGCGUGAGGGAGGCACACAGGGAGGUGCUGGCACAGAGAGAACUGCUUCAGCACAUGGGAGAGAGGAAUCAGGAGGAGGAUGUCUAUGAGAACUGGAUCAACACCAUGACAGUGAUCUGUGAUGACCUCAGCAGCACCCCUCAGAGCAAGUCCAGAGAAGGGAAGAAGCAAAGUCCGGGUUCGACCAUGAAGGUGCUGUCGGAUGAGGUAGCAAACGUGGUUUAUCGAUUCAAGAGAGCGAACAGCAUCAUGCUGAAGAAGCAGGGCCAGUGACAGUGCACUGCCCUGAUCCCCGGGGCGAUACUGCAGGACUGUUUACAAACAUCCUCACUGCACUGGCAUUGUCUCUUGUUCUGUCUGACUGUGAUCGGUCCCUGCUGUUACCACAAAUACACUGAAGCUUAAUUUCUCCUGCUGCUGCUUAAACUUGUAAGAUCCUGAUAACUCAAAGUGAAAUGAGUGUGCAUUGAAGUCUGUGUCACCUGUUUAAUGAAUGUGUUUCAUUUUAAUGCUGAAUACACCAUGAUGAAAAUUCCUGAGAAUCCUACAUUUUUUUUUAUUAUUUUAAAUAAACGCCACUGAUCCGAAACCCGAGUGUGUUCUCAUAUUCUGAAAUGCUUUACCAAUUAGUGGGGAUCUGGGCUGGAAUUCCUUUUAAGAUUUAAAUAUAGAGCAAGUUCAACUCCGUUGUUUCAUGCUGUUUCCUUCUUUCUUAAUGUGCAUGAUAUAGGACAAAAAAAAAACGAUUAGGGACUGAAAGUCAUGAUGCUGUACCACAUAGCCACCAGGAGGCAGUCGUGAUUGUUAUUGUGAGGAAAAAAAUCUCACCUU